ACCGCGCCCGUCACGUGACGCGCUGCGGGGCAGCGGCCUGGCCUGCGGGGCAGCCGAGAGCCGGUCAGUGGCCCUCGUCGUCUAUUGAGCGGCUGGUCCCCUGAACACCCCAGUCCGCACAGCACAGCGCCGGCCCGUGUGGACAGGAGUUGAACCAUGGCAGACACAAGUUCAUCUCCACUCAAGCACUUUGUACAAGCUAAGAAGAAGAUUAAUACCAUCUUUGAACAACUGUUGGAAUAUGUUAAUGAAGGUGCAAGGUUUAUUGAAGCGUCUCGUCAGAAUGAAGGCCUGGAGAAGAUAACAACACAGCAACAGUUGUCGGAGAUAGAAAUAUUUGCUUCCAAAGUGGCUGGAAUCCGCGAGGUGCUGGCACGUCGGCACAUGAAAGUAGCCUUUUUUGGAAGAACAAGUAAUGGAAAGAGUACUGUGAUCAACGCAAUGUUAUGGGACAAGGUACUGCCCAGUGGCAUUGGACAUACGACCAACUGCUUCCUGAGUGUGGAAGGAACAGAUGGAGAUAAAGCCUAUUUGAUGACUGAAGACUCUGAGGAAAAGAAGAACGUGAAAACUGUGAACCAGCUGGCACAUGCUUUACACCAGAAUGAGUACUUGGACGCUGGAUGUCUAGUCCGUGUGUUUUGGCCAAAAUCGAAAUGUGCUCUUCUUCGGGAUGACUUGGUAUUAAUGGACAGCCCUGGUACAGAUGUAACCACUGAGUUGGAUACCUGGAUUGACAAAUUCUGCCUGGAUGCUGAUGUCUUUGUGUUAGUCGCGAAUUCAGAAUCGACACUAAUGCAAACGGAGAAACAGUUUUUUCAUAAAGUUAAUGAACGACUUUCCAAGCCAAAUAUUUUCAUCCUGAAUAAUCGUUGGGAUGCUUCUGCUUCUGAGCCAGAGUACAUGGAUGAGGUACGGCAGCAGCAUACUGAUCGCUGUGUAAACUUCCUGGUGGCUGAACUUGGGGUAAUGGACUAUGCACAGGCUGAGAAACGGAUCUUCUUCGUUUCUGCCAAGGAGGCUGUAAACGCCAGGAUUCACAAAGCUCAAGGGAUGCCAGAAGGGGGUGGUGCGUUGGCAGAUGGAUUCCAGGCUAGGCUUUUUGAAUUUCAAAAUUUUGAACGACAAUUCGAGGAAUGCAUCUCGCAGUCAGCAGUGAAAACAAAAUUUGAACAGCACACGAUCAGAGCUAAACAGAUCAUUGACACUGUGAAACAAAUCAUGGACUCCAUCAAUGUCGUUGCGGCAGAGAAGAGAGUGUUUUCACUGGAGGAACGCGAGGACCACCUCGACCGGCUGGAGUUUGUACGCAGUCAACUGACGUUCCUCUCAGAGGAUUGUAAGAGAAAAAUCAAAAUGGUGACAGAAGAAGUAGAAGUGAAGGUUUCGGCUGCAAUGACGGAUGAAAUCUGCCGCCUCUCUGUAUUGGUCGAUGAGUUUCGGGGCGACUUCCACUCUUCUCCUUCAGUCGUGAAGUUUUAUAAAAACGACCUGCACAAACACAUCGAGGAUGGACUGGGGAGGAAUCUGGCUGAUCGCUGCUCCAACGCAGUGCUUGCAGCGCUGCAGACUGCACAGUUGCAAAUGAUAGGAAAUCUCAAAACGCUGCUUCCAGUGAAUGUCCAGAAUCAAGUCAGUGAACUUCUACCCUAUCACAAGUUUGAUCUCAGUUACGAUCUGAAUUGCGACAAGAUCUGUGCAGAUUUCCAGGAAAACAUUGAGUUCCAAUUCUCUCUUGGCUGGACGUCACUGGUCAGUCGCUUCCUGGGACCCAAGAAUGCCCGCCAAGCCCUGCUGGGACUGGCCGACCCCAGUUCCCAGUUCCUUCGGCCGUUCCCAGUGACGCCGACCACAGCCAGCGUUCCAGCACAUGGACAGGAAAACGUGGUUCAGGAAGAAAUGAUGAUCUCCUUGGUGACGGGGCUGGCCUCUCUCACGUCGCGGACGUCAGUAGGCGUUGUCGUCGUUGGAGGAGUGAUUUUCCGGGCUGUGGGCUGGAGGCUCAUAGCUGUGGCUCUCAGUCUCUACAGCUUAUUGUACAUGUACGAACGGCUGACGUGGACGACAAAGGCAAAGGAGAGGACGUUCAAGCGGCAGUUUGUAGACUACGCCACGGAGAAGCUGCAGAUGGUGGUCAGCUUCACCAGCGCUAAUUGUAGUCAUCAAGUCAGUCAGGAAAUGAGCAGCACAUUUGCUCGACUCUGCCAGCAGGUGGACAUCACCGAGAAAAACUUAGAAGAACAAAUCUCCGAACUCAACAAAAAAAUUGAACUCCUUGAAUCUACACAAAACCGAUCAAAGCUUCUGAGAAACAAGGCAACGUGGCUAGAAAAUGAAUUGGACGUAUUUACGAAGCAGUACCUGCAGCCGAGCCGCUGAUUGCGAGCCAGCGGUAGAAUUUAUGUUUGUUCCAUGACCUCACCGACGGCAAUUGUCACCACUGCUGCCCCAGUACUAUGUGGAACAAUACAAACUUUGUCCCUUUAUCUACAGUAAUGACUUUUCACGACCCUAUUGAGCAGCCUGUAAAGAUGCUUUUUUUUUUUUAAACAAAAGUGAGAUGUUGAAAAAGUAGUCACUGCUGGAUGGGGUGACCAAUCCCAUGUGAUGAGGCACUUUUCAAUUCUAUAUAACGUCAGAAUCAGUUUAAUUAAACAAAUUAAUUUUCAUAGUUUCAAACAUUGGCAGUUACACUGGGGGGGGGAAAAAAAAGUAUUGCGUAUAGGAUGUUUAAGAAAGAACUGCAGAUGCUGGGAAAAGAAAAUCGAAGGUAGACAAAAAUGCUGGAGAAACUCAGCGGGGUGAGGCAGCAUCUAUGGAGAGAAGGAAUAGGCGAUGUUUCGGGUCGAGACCCGAAACAUCGCCUAUUCCUUCUCUCCAUAGAUGCUGCCUCACCCCGCUGAGUUUCUCCAGCAUUUUUGUCUACCUUGCGUAUAGGACGGAACUGCAGAUGCUGGUUAACAGCAAAGAUGGGCACAAAAUGCUGGAGUAACUCAGCAGGACAGGCAGCAUCUCGGCCCCAAAACAUCGCCCAUUCCUUUUCUUCAGAGGUGCUGCCUGUCCCAACUGAGUUACUCCAGCAUUUUGUCAAUAAAAAGUAUUAUCAGAUUAUAAAAUCUGCAUUCAGAUGAAUUUCCAAUUGCUAGUGUGCGAUACUGGAUUCAAACACACAUUGAGCCUACAUUCAUAUUCUAAUCUGCGGGGAAAGCACUCAUUUGCGCACCCUCGAGCAUAAAUUUCCAUAGGUCCAUUUUCAUGUGGAAGUUUACUAAUCACUUGUCUCCUUUCCUCACGUGUACAAUGCACUUCCAUUAAAUUAAACCAGCAGGCAACGCUGACAAUCCUAUUUUACAAACUAAAAGCGAGCAAAGAUUAUGCUGGAACAUCACACAAUUGUGUAAACAGUGUGCCGGACGGUACGCCGGUGAAGUGGUUGAAGGAAUAAUGAACAGAAUAGGUGGUUUAAAUAGACAUCACAUGGAACUUUAAGGUCAAAAUAUCAUUCAAGGUGCUCUAAUUGUCAAUUCUUCAGUUUGACAAAUUUUGUUCAAACUGCAUUGUAGAAACUACUCAUUUCAGUAUUACUAAGUCAUAUCAUGAUUCAUUUGCUUCCAUCACUGAAACUUCAUUAUCUCAUUACCGAAUAUUUAAUUUAUGAAACAUCCAGCUCUGCCCCUUUUGACAUGCACAAUUCUUAAUAGUCUGAUUGUAUAAUCAUGCAAUCGCCACUUGGUUGAUUCAGACUGACACAAUAGAUUCAAUUACAGUGACUAAGUAAUGGGCUCCAACCAUUAAAGUAUGGGACUCCUAUUAUAAUAUAAUUCUAUUUAUAUGUUUAAAAAAAAUCAAAUUUCCAAUCAUCUUAGUUUCUUUAGACACAGGCAAGUUAUGAAAACUAUAAACUUGCACUAUUGCUAUGAUUUAAUUUAAUAAAAACUGUACUAGUAUUUUCCAAGUGAAUUGUUGCCAAUAUUUCAUUAUUACCAAAUAGAGGAAUGUUUUGGGGUUUGUUUUACAUUGGAUUUUUACACUGGCCACAGCUGUAGUUUUACCUGCUCUUUAUUUAAAAUGGGAAAUUAGAAUUGACCAUUUACCAGAAGAAAAUUCCCAGCUUUAUACAAUUUGUGUGUAAAUUGGCCUCGGCUCAUCUACUUCAUUUCUAAUGGAUUAGUAUCCAAAUGGCAGAUGGACUAAUGCUUUAAAUGACUUCAUUCCACAGUUGAUUACAGAAUGAUAUCGUGCAACGUGUUUGAAUGUAAAAUUGAAAAAUUUUAUACUUCGUUAAUCAUCAAGUUUAGUGCUUUUAAACUACAAGAUUUAUUAAAGGAGCUUUGAAUACAUUUUGUACACCACUGCUUCUUACUGUUAAGUGACUGGUGUAUAUCUCUCCAGAAACAAGAUGUGGAUAACAAGCAUGUAUACUUGAAGAAACUAUGAUUUCUAAUAAAUUAUUACACCAAUGGU